AUGAAAAUAAUAAUUAUUAUAGGUCACAACUACACUUUGAUUAUUCGGCUCACUGAUGUCGACUGUGAAAAUAAACCAUUAAAACAUAUCGAAGGUUAUCAAAAUAAACGUACUGUAACACUGGAAGAAGCUCUCAAUCCCAUAAAAGACGCUAUUCCUCACUUGGAUGAUUAUAUACGACAUGCUAAACAACGCGCCAAUACAACUUCUGCAAAUAACCUUACCGUUGAUGAAUCAGCAGCCAUAUUUUUAUAUACUGUGCACUCGGGUGAUACAAGUUUCAGCCGCACGCUUAACCAUGCAUUACGAUGUGAAGAUCAAACUAAUCUCAAGAAAUAUUGGUUUAACUAUCUCGGGCUAAUUUGGUCAGCACUUAACAAAUUACCUUCUGUCAAAGGGCAUGUUUAUCAAGGUACAACUAGCAAAAUCAAAGAAAAAUAUCCAAAGAAUAAAUUAAUUACUUGGUGGGGUAUCACAUCAUGUACACAAGCGUUCGAUAAUAUCGUAUCUUCGUUGUUGGGUGAAAAAUCGACUCUAUUAAAUAUUAAAAUUCGUAAUGGUAAAGAUAUAUCGGCAUAUUCAUGUAAUAGCAAUGAAAGUGAGAUCAUCCUAUUACCGGGUACUCGUCUACGUGUGACUGAUGUGACAUAUAAUUCUAAUUUUAAAAUGGACGAGAUUGAUUUGGAAGAAAUGGAUGAUGAAACACUUCGAUCAGACGCCUUGCGCCCACCAACUGCACGGCGUCUCUCAAAAGAUGAAUCUUU